UUUGCUAGUUUCUAUUGGGCAUAGCGGAAAUGUGAGGUUACGAAAUUCAUGUUCGCCUAACUAAAAUAAUUCAAAACUAUGAAGAUCCAAUGUAACUGCACAAAAUUGCUUGUAUUUGAAACUACUUUAUUAUGGAAAGUCUCAUGAGACAUCCGUAAGUAAAUGGAUAAAAAGCAGAUCUUUGGAGAAACGUAGUCUGAAGGUUCUGAGGUGAAGUCAAAAUAUUUGUGCAGGGCAGGUCUUUCACGGGGUUACUUAUUUGGGUCGUGUGUGAAGACCUUAAUGAACCUUUUGGUUUUAUACAAACGGACUGUAAUCAGUAGCAAUUGUCAACCAAAGACGGAAUACAAAUGUUACUGUGUUGAAGCGGGUUAGUGCAAUCUACUUCUUACAAAAAACUGCGAUCUGUAUGUGUAUUUAUUUGGUAUUUAAAUCAGCCUGAAACAUGUAAACUAUACACGACAGCUAGAAACUUUUCAACCUGGAAAUGAGUUAUGUUGGUAGGACUGUUGGAAGUGUUCUUUCGGCAAUGUUUAGGAUAUACCGACUGAAGUGAUUGACGCCGACUAGUGUGUACCUUAAUUAAACAUUUUUAGUACUGAUUACUGGUAGCAAAAUAGGCCAAAGAAAUACAUAUGGCAGAUGAUGACUGGAAGAAGAGAGUGGGGAUUAAAAUAAAUUUUAGCCCAGAAAGUUCUGAGGAUGAAGGGGUGAACAAGAAUGUUGAUCAUGCCAACGGAAAUCAUUUGUCGCCCCACUGCUUUGACAGCAUUGAAGGAAGUUUUGAUGGCGAAUACCCCAGUGAUGAUAUAUUGAAAGAAUUCGGUGAUUAUGGAUCCACCCCACCGCGAACACGCAUAUCUCGUCGACAGAGAGAAAGGAGACAGCGAGAAAAAGAGGAAUUAUGUAACACAAAGAGUGUACCAAAGUUGAUCCAAGCCAAAACAAGGCGACGAAAUACAAUGGACAGUUUGUAUUUUACUGAACUCAUGGAAAGAUCAGAAAACAACACACAGCAGGAAACUGACCAGCUUUCACGGCCAGAAUCAAACAAACGCAACAAGCGGACACUGAAGUUAUUACGAGGAUCAGAACGUGAUCUGAAGUUGGAUAUUUCUGGUGUGGAACACCCUACACAUAAUAUGGAAAAUGGAGGUGAAAACAGAGCUGAGAGUCUGCCUGCUGUACCACCACAACCAGCCAUAAAGGUGGAGACAUGUAAUCGAUUCUUCAGCCUCACAUCAAAACUUGUUGCCUGCAAUGUAUUGAAAAAGAAGUCAGAGCUGAAAAAUAAACCUGCUGACUGUCCGGAUGAACGAGUAGACUUCUACAACAUGUUUUCUAAACUCAUCCGCAUGGGCAGUAGUGAUAAACAGAAUGAUAAAAAUCCAAGAAGACAUUUGAGCCGGGAAGAGCAUCUUUGGCAAAAUGAGUUGAAGGACCUGAUCUGGUUAGAACUGCAAGCAUGGCACGCUGACAGAACACCCACCGAGCAAGAUGAGUAUGUUUGCAAGGCUAGACAGAACGUGGCAGAUUUACUGAAUGACAUUAUGAGCUACAGAUUUGAGCGGAAAGAGGUAUCGACAGUGGAAGGUGACUUGAGGCAGUUACCUGCACCAGUUUCCACUCAGUCAAGUGAUAGCGGUGUUAGUGGUGAUGGGAAAGAGGACUUUUGUGAACCAUGUAGUAUAUCAGACAAUAACAGCAAAAAAUGUGUGUGUGCCGGCUGUCUCUCCAUGUACUGCCAUAGCUGUGUGGAUAUUCAGAACCAAGCAUUAAAGGAUGUGGAGAAGUUACUUCAAAGACUGGAGGCCGCUGAAGCCCUGUAUCCAUCGAGCAAAGCGUUUGCAGCUCAGCAUCCUCUUUACAAAUGUUCGCUGUUUGUCGGGAGGGUUAAGGCAAUGUGCUUAUGGUACAACAUGACAAAACAUCACCGCCUUAAAAUGCUGAUCAUCGGGAAGCUUAUGUAUCUUCAUCAACCAAAGAAUUAUAGUUGGCCUCAAGUGGGACCCUUAAAUGAGGAUGAUCCAAAUGUGUCAUCUGGUGUUGGAACAGACAUAAGUGAUGAUAAUUAUUACCAAGAUUUUCGUCACACUUCUAGAAGUGGUUCGGUUGAAGGGAAACCAUUCCGACUUCACAACAGAACUGUCCAGUUUGAUGUGGACAGCAGUAGUCCAUCAGAUUCAAAUAAUUCAAAUUUCUCACAUGGUACAACUACCACCUCAUCAUCAGAUGGAGGACUAGAACCUACAGAAUGUCAAGUGUAUUUUUACAGUGCAUCAAUGAUUGCAAGCAUGGGCUCAACAUUUUGUUCCUACAAGGAGUCAACAUACCCUUAUAGGAAAUACAUGGAAGAAGUUCUGAAAACAAGAGGCUUGAGGAAAGCAAUAAAUUUCUUAGAAAAGCUACACCAUUAUGUGCUCCGAAAGGCAAUGAUUACUUUGGCAAAACCAGCUGAAUCUGCUUACGUUGUCAUAAAUAAUAAUGACACUGCAGAAAAGAGUGAUGCUUUAUCAUCACAACAGGAGAUCACUCUCGCCGAGACUGUUGAACAUUCUGAAGAUGACGAGGAAGAGGAAUUACGCCGUUAUGGCUUUUGGAGCUGUGAAGCACAGUCUCUUGGUCUGCCCUCAUAUCGGGCAGCUUUUUUGUUUCUGUCACGUAUACCACUUGAGAUGAUUCAUGAGUUCCUUCGUAUGCGCCUUGAACAGAAACCAAAUCAGCCAUCAGUAUUGAGUAUCCGUCAGUUGAUGAGGGAGUUGAAGGAAGGACUCCGAAUUGCUGUGCUACACCGACAGAGGUAUCUGACUUUGAUCCAUACAGUUCUAUGGGACAAGGAAAAAGAAACGCUAGAAUUAUAUGAAUCAGUAGUGUCUGAAUUUGAUCAGAGUAUGAAAGCUGUCCUUAAGGUUUAUCUUGAAUAUGUGCAACAGUGGGUGCUUAUGGUGCAACAGGAGGGUUACCAGAAGAACCUGUUGGAGGAGGAGUGGUGCUUUGUGAGGACAACGUGCCCAAAAAUUCCUGGUGGGAAGGGAAUGGCAAGCAGUACUUUUUGUCAUAUAGCCAGCAGUAUGCUCGGAGCCAUUACAACUCAACUUGUAUCAAAAUGUGAGCAACUCAAACAGAAUAUGUGCAGUUGUGAUGCAUCAGAUGACGAAUCUUCACCCAAGCAAACAAUGUUAACAGUAUGUAGAGAAUUUCAAAUUCUGUUCAAUGAGACCCGCGAGAAAGCUUUAAAAGCUGUUGCUUUCUCUAAAACUCUCAGAAAAGAUCUAGAGAAUGGAGCUUUUAAAGAAGGAAUUAGUCCAAAAUGCAAUGCCAUAAUUGCUGAAGCUUUAGAAGAACUGAAGAAAGAAACUUUAUCGUUUCGAGUUGCCAUAACUUCAAGUUUAAAAAGUGCAGAAGAAACCUGUGAUGUACGAGAUAUGUCUGAGGUGGAUGAUACGGAGAAGAGUGCACUGGUGUCACGUUGCCUGUUGGAGGAGGAGUGGUGCUUUGUGAGGACAACGUGCCCAAAAAUUCCUGGUGGGAAGGGAAUGGCAAGCAGUACUUUUUGUCAUAUAGCCAGCAGUAUGCUCGGAGCCAUUACAACUCAACUUGUAUCAAAAUGUGAGCAACUCAAACAGAAUAUGUGCAGUUGUGAUGCAUCAGAUGACGAAUCUUCACCCAAGCAAACAAUGUUAACAGUAUGUAGAGAAUUUCAAAUUCUGUUCAAUGAGACCCGCGAGAAAGCUUUAAAAGCUGUUGCUUUCUCUAAAACUCUCAGAAAAGAUCUAGAGAAUGGAGCUUUUAAAGAAGGAAUUAGUCCAAAAUGCAAUGCCAUAAUUGCUGAAGCUUUAGAAGAACUGAAGUGGGCCAAGGUCGUUGUUGGGACCCGUUAUUACAAGAAUGGGAAUAAUGCUUGUUGGCUCACAAAAGUGUCCUUGGAUUAUGUUAUUGCAAUCUUCAGUCAUUACUGGCUUAAUUUUGAGUACCAUAAAGAAGUAUGCCGCUUGGUGACAGGAGAUGCUCGUGAAAAACUGGCCCGUGGGAUGAUUAGUUUUGCACAACAGUGGAUGCACUUUGUCAAGGAACGCUGUGAACGAGGAAGGGGUUUAAGGCCCAGAUGGGCUAAUCAGGGCUUGGAUUUUCUCAUGACAGUCUGUGAACCUCAAAAUACAAACUUUCUUGAUGAUCAGCAGUUUGAGGCUCUGAAAAGUAGUAUUGAUGAAUGUAUUUCCCAUGUAAUUGGGACAGCAACUCCUACCAGCAGUACUCCCCCAUUUCACCCUCACAAUUCUCGGUCACCGUUAGAUCAUUAUCCUCGGUCACGGGGAUCCUCACCUUCUCCCCGCUCAAGGACCCCUACAUACAGAGUCUCUCGUUCCCAACCCGAUACUGCAGUAACUCCAGCCCCACCAUCAACCCAGCAUUCGCUGUCAGCUCAAAACAGUCAUAGUGGUACUGACAGUCCCAGUGAAACAGUAGAUGAAAGUUUAGAUGGAGCUGUAGCUGAGACCCUUCAUAUUCCUCUUAAAGCAUUGCCUCGAAUUGAACGAGUUCGAGAAGCUGUCAAGAAACUGGAUAGAUCCUUAGAGGAGAGCUUACGUAUCCAAGAGCUGAUAGGUUCAGUCACUGAUACCGAGUCUGAAGACAAGAUCCAUAUUAAAUCACGGAGUGUCACCUUUAGUUGGCAGAGAGGCAUCAAGAUUGGUCAAGGCCGAUUUGGUAAAGUGUACACCGCUGUCAACAAUGAGACCGGUGAACUAAUGGCAAUGAAGGAGAUUCAGUUGCAGCCUAAUGACCACAGAACAAUCCGCAGGGUGGCAGAAGAGUUGCGCAUAUUUGAAGGGAUACAUCACAGCAACCUAGUGCGCUACUAUGGUGUGGAAAUACACAGAGAAGAGAUGCUUAUCUUCAUGGAGUUCUGUACAGAAGGCACUUUGGAGAGUCUUGUAGCUGCAGCAGAGACCAGCGGUCUGCCCGAAGUUCUGAUCCGUCGAUACACUCGGCAGCUGCUGCAGGCAGUGGCUGCUCUCCAUGAUCAUGGCGUUGUACAUCGUGACAUUAAAAGUGCAAAUAUCUUCCUAACAGAUGAAGGAAACUGUCUCAAGCUGGGAGAUUUUGGCUCAGCAGUGAAGAUCAAAGCUCACACUACGCUGCCCGGAGAACUGCAGGGCUUUGUUGGAACUCAAGCGUACAUGGCUCCAGAAGUGUUCAUGAAGACAAAUACUGAAGGACAUGGCAGAGCGGCAGAUAUUUGGUCUGUUGGCUGCGUUGUUGUUGAAAUGUCUUCAGGAAAGCGUCCCUGGGCAGAGUUUGACUCCAAUUACCAAAUAAUGUUCAAAGUAGGAAUGGGGGAGACGCCUGCUGUUCCAGACAGUCUUAGUGAAGAAGGUCAUCAAUUUUUGCAGCACUGUCUCCAACAUGACCCACGGCAGCGAGCCUCUGCAAGUGACCUCCUGCACCAUACCUUUGUGAAGAUUGAAGAUGAUGACGAAUGCAUCUCGACUGAUAUACCGUCACUUGUUGAAGACUUCUUAAAAGACGGUGUGAAGAAGGUCGUGAAGUAGGCAUCAAGUGUGGGAAACACUCCUCAAAGUAUUUGAGAAGUGUGAUGCUGUGAGUAUGGGGCGACGAGUAUAAGAUACAAAGUAGUUGAUGGAGCCUAUUUCUUUACUAUACUGCCUACAGGAAAUGUUACAAAUAUACAAACCUAUAGAGAAUCCGGUGAUGGGAUUGCUGUAUGUGUAUAUGACGUAGAGUUAUUUUUGGGUAAAGAUUUUUUUGCCUUUAUUUUGUUGCUGAAUGUUAAUCUCAGGGCUAGAAUUAUUAAGCUUUUUUUUGGAUUUGUCUUUUGAAUGUUAUCUUUUAUUUACUUUAGGUAUGCAUCUCAAACUUCCAUUAUCAAACCACUUUUUUGGUGGAUGUUCUUCAGUUUUACGUAAUUCUCCUGAAUUUUGUAGAUGAUAACACGGACAGAAUCCAAAUAUUGCUUAUAAUUUUAUGC